CCACCACAGGCAGAGGAACUGGUGUCAGGGUCCCCUUGGGACACGGAGCCAUGCCCAGGUACACGGUGCACGUGCGCGGAGAAUGGCUGGCCGUGCCCUGCCGGGAUGCGCAGCUCACCAUUGGCUGGCUAGGCCGUGAGGCUGUCAGGAGGUACAUCAAGAAUAAGCCAGAUAAUGGUGGCUUUGCCUCGGUGGAUGAUGUGCACUUCCUCGUGCGCCGGUGCAAGGGCCUGGGCCUGCUGGACCACGAGGACCUGCUGGAAGUGGCCCUAGAGGACAACGAGUUUGUGGAAGUGGUUAUAGAAGGCGACGCCAUGUCUCCCGACUUCAUCCCAUCACAACCAGAAGGAGUUUACCUAUAUAGCAAGUACCGAGAGCCUGAAAAGUACAUUGCCUUAGAUGGGGACAGCCUGACCACAGAGGAUCUGGUCAACUUGGGGAAAGGACGCUACAAAAUAAAGCUCACCCCAACUGCUGAAAAGAAGGUGCAAAAAUCCAGGGAAGUCAUAGAUAGCAUCGUGAAAGAAAAAACUGUUGUUUAUGGUAUAACUACAGGUUUUGGGAAAUUUGCCAGAACUGUAAUUCCUGUCAAUAAGCUAGAAGAGCUCCAGGUCAACUUAGUACGUUCACAUUCUUCAGGUGUUGGGAAACCACUAAUCCCUGAGAGAUGUCGGAUGCUCUUGGCUUUAAGGAUCAAUGUCUUAGCCAAGGGGUACAGUGGCAUUUCCCUGGAGACCCUCAAGCAAGUUAUUGAAGUAUUUAAUGCCUCCUGCCUGCCCUAUGUUCCAGAGAAAGGAACCGUUGGCGCCAGUGGAGAUCUUGCCCCACUGUCUCAUCUUGCUCUUGGGCUCAUUGGAGAAGGGAGGAUGUGGUCUCCAAAGAGUGGCUGGGCUGAUGCGAAAUACGUCCUGGAAGCUCAUGGAUUGAAACCAAUUGUUUUGAAACCGAAAGAGGGCCUGGCGCUCAUCAAUGGGACACAGAUGAUCACCUCCCUGGGCUGUGAAGCCGUGGAGAGAGCCAGUGCUAUUGCACGCCAGGCCGACAUCGUGGCGGCCUUGACCCUGGAAGUGCUGAAAGGCACCACCAAAGCCUUCGAUACGGACAUUCACGGGGUUCGCCCUCACCGUGGGCAAAUCGAAGUUGCUUUCCGGUUUCGGUCACUCUUGGACUCAGAUCACCACCCAUCUGAGAUAGCAGAGAGUCACAGGUUCUGUGAUCGUGUUCAGGAUGCGUACACCUUACGCUGCUGUCCACAGGUCCACGGUGUGGUGAAUGACACGAUAGCGUUCGUGAAGAACAUCAUUACCACAGAACUUAACAGCGCAACAGAUAAUCCUAUGGUUUUUGCCAACAGAGGAGAGACUAUUUCUGGAGGAAACUUCCAUGGUGAAUACCCAGCCAAAGCCCUAGAUUAUUUGGCCAUUGGAGUCCAUGAACUUGCUGCGAUAAGUGAAAGAAGAAUUGAAAGACUCUGUAACCCCUCCCUCAGCGAGCUGCCUGCCUUCCUGGUGGCUGAAGGUGGUCUCAACUCCGGGUUCAUGAUUGCGCACUGCACCGCGGCAGCCCUCGUGUCUGAGAACAAGGUUCUGUGCCACCCCUCGUCUGUGGACUCUCUCUCCACCAGCGCCGCCACGGAGGACCACGUUUCCAUGGGAGGAUGGGCAGCAAGGAAGGCCCUUCGGGUCAUCGAGCACGUAGAACAAGUGCUGGCCAUCGAGCUCCUCGCAGCCUGCCAGGGCAUAGAGUUUCUACGCCCCCUGAGAACAACCACUCCUCUGGAGAAGGUCUACGACCUCGUGCGCUCUGUUGUAAGGCCCUGGAUAAAAGAUCGCUUCAUGGCUCCAGACAUUGAGGCAGCGCACAGGCUGCUCGUUGAGCAGAAGGUCUGGGAGGUUGCUGCCCCAUACAUCGAAAAAUACAGAAUGGAACAUAUUCCAGAAUCCAGACCGGUUUCUCCAACAGCCUUUUCACUGGAAUCUCUACAUAAGAAAUCCACCAAAAUCCCCGAGUCCGGAGAUCUUUGACAGGCUUUGUCAUGGAUCAGUGGAUCAGAGGGUCCUUGGUUGAACAGCAAGCAAUAUUAUGCUGAAGAAGAGACCUGAGGACUUUCCUAAGUACAUCAACCCAUUAUGUUGUUCGGUCCUUCUACAACCUCCUUUGCUUAGGCUGGUAACGGCAUUAGCAUUGCUCACUCUAGCACUGUGUUCUUGUUGACCUGGUUUGAGACACAGAAGUUGUUUUCAGAUUAUAGUUUUCUUUCUUCCUUAACAAUAUCAACAGGCCACAGACCACUUCAUUCAUUUGAUCUCAAAUUUUGAAACAGAUUGGUAUUUUUUUCCAAAAACAUUAG